GAGGGGAGUGGAAAUUAUUCGUUGGGAACAACUGGGAACAACGAACAACACGCUGCCUCGGGGCUCGGAGUUGCUCGAAGUUUCUGUUCGAGACGUCCAUGGGAACUCGUCAUCUCUCGUUCGACUCGUAAAUAUGAGCCGCGAGUUCUCGGACACGAGAGAAAACGAAGUCUCGCGAAACGAGCUUUCCUUCUCCGAGGAGAGAAGGAAGACGAGUAACCUUUGAACGUGCAAUUUUUAGGUUAUAAAGACCAUCGUUCGCCAAUGUAAACAGCGACAGGUGAAUUUGUUGGUGUGGCCUCUCCUCGGAUCGGAUCUCAUCUAGUGACGCGGGCCUUAUGUAUUGGAACAGAACGUCAGCUGACGUCGCGCGAGAGGAGAUGCCCUUGAGCUCGAUAAGUCACGCCGCGGGUACGCCUACCGUUACAACGGCAGCGGAAAGUGUAAAUCCCGGCACGAGUACGCAGAUCACAUCGACCUGCUGCACUCCGCCGCCGUCCUACCAUAACAUCAACCUGCCCCUUGGUCAUCCUUCCACAUUGACCAACGAACGUGGUGCGCCGCCUUCAUACGAAGAAGCGAUAGAUCCCAACGCACCACCACCAUCUUACGAUUCCCUAUUUGGUCGUAUGAGAGAGGCCCGUAAAAUAUCUAAAGGCAUAUUUGACUUUUUAAAAAAUAUUGUCGUCCUACUCUUAGGCACAAUCGGGUGUACCAUCAUACUCGGAGUGACGAUAGUGGUACCAAUUUGCAUGAUGGUGAUCGGUGGACUCUACCUUUACGAUUGUCCACAGGGUGAAUACAUUCCCGUAUACUUGUUGGUAGGCGGUGGAUUUGGAGUAUUUAAGCAAUUGUUAACUUUGUCAGCCAGAGUGCGGCAGCGCCAAGAAGAGAGAGACGAAGAGAGGAUUAGACAGUCGCCUACGCAGACUCUGAUUAACUGUUUUAUGCUAGGAUGGUUCAUUAUCGGUUCUAUGUGGGUAUACAAGGAAUACGAACCGAACUAUGAUCCAGCAUUGGGAAAAUAUUGUAACAAAACACUAUAUUUAUUCGCCUUCUGGCUGAUCACAUCAGUCUAUAUAUGCAUGGGCAUCAUAACGGCUGGCCUAUGCAGCAUCUCUGUAGCUAGUAUUGCGUUUCAGAGACCGCCAUCUGAUCUAAUGUGAGACAGCGUCGUUUAGCCACUUCGUGUCCACAUCUACAAAAAUGAUGUAUGUUGAAGAUCUUCCACGUUCGACGGAAUGAUCAGGAUGGUAUUUAUCAAAUGAAAACGAAAUCCUGUUACCUACACGCAAUGGAUAAUAAGCGCAUGCAAUUUUGCAAUAUUGUACGCACUUGAUUUUCUGUCUUGCGGAAAUAUCGCAGACACCGUCCCUCGUUUCCUCUCCUCGCUGAUCGAUAAAACGAACGAUUCGUUUAUGUAAACGUAUAUUAGAAUAUCGACGAUCGGAGAUUGAAAUACGAGAAGCUCCAAUUUGUACAUAAAUACGAACACACAUGCCGUACAAACGGAUAAGAGAAAUCUCAUUUUAGGAGCACAGUGACCAGGACACGAUGACGUUUGCCCGCCGAAACGCAAUCGCUUCGCGCGAUUAAGUGCAAAAAUUUCGUCCACGUUUAUGUACCUGAGAUGCUUAAACGACUAUUUCGAGAAAAGAUCGUUGGCAUGUUAACGCACAUUAGACAGUCGCGUGAGCGCGCGAUACAAGUCUUAAACAAGAUCGCAUAGACAACGUCUCGCGACGCGCAAACCGGCGCAAAAGUUAGUUAUUCGACUUUGUCGCGAUUCUCGAUGCCGUAAAAAUACAUCGAAGUCAGUGAUCUCUCUCUUGACGAAGCCUCUCAAUACGGAGCCGCAGGGUUGGUAAAAGUCCACAUUGUUUUAGUUUAUUCCAUUGGAUAGAGUCUGGAACGGUGAAAACUGGAUUUACCAUAAUUUUUCGUGGACUUUUGGACUUUUCCGGCUAACCCUGCAGUGACGAAACAGCUGAUGGAACUAGAGGCGAGAGAAAGCAGAGUCGGUUUGACCGGAUCAAGGGCUGUGUGUAACAUCGCGUUAUUCGCGAAUCUUUUUAAUCUUGUGCCAAGUGGACGCGAAGUCGCCAGACCAAAGUAUUUUACUAUCACGAUGUUGUUCGCGCUAGCGCUAGUGGUGCGCCAGUGAAUUCUACAAAUUUUGCAAACUCGUUUGGAAUUUACUGCGGGGCGAAAGACCCAAGUGUGAAACGCGCAAUUUGCACUGCGCUUAGCAGAUGUUAAUAACGCUUUGGUACGACGGUCUAACAUAACUCUAUGAUAUAAAUGUUAGUCAUCGCAUCGUUUUCAUGAUAAAACAUUUUUUUA